AUGGCUAUGCCACGCGCAAACACCACAAUUGUCGUUGUCGGGGGAGGCGGCACAAUGGGUUCUUCAACGGCUUUACAUCUUAUUCGCUCCGGAUACAAUCCUGCUAAUAUCACCGUAUUGGAUGUAUACCCAAUUCCUUCAUCUCAAUCUGCUGGUCACGAUCUUAACAAAAUUAUGAGCAUUCGCGUCCGGAACAAGCCCGAUGCACUGCUAUCACUAGAGGCUCUCGAUAUGUGGAACAAUGAUCCACUGUUUAAACCCUACUUUCAUAAUACUGGCGUGAUGUAUUGUUCCUCCUCGGAGCAGGGCAUCGAAGGUCUGCGAAUGGCCCGUCAGAGUCUGAUCAAGGCAAAGAGCGAGAUGGAAAACACAAAUAUAUGGCUGGAUAAUGAGGCUGAGAUUGUGGCUAAAAUGCCGGCUUUCGCGCAAGAACAAGUCAAGGGAUGGAAGGGCGUCCACAGUCUAGAUGGCGGCUGGCUUGCUGCAGCCAAAGCCAUCAAUGGUAUCGGUGAAUUUCUUCGGGACCAGCGUGUCAACUUUCGAUUUGGCCGCGCUGGGACAUUUGCUCGACCUCUCUUGUCUGAAGAUGGAAGGACAUGCGUUGGUGUUCAAACAGUAGAUGGCACAGAUUACUAUGCCGAUAAGGUGGUUCUAGCUACUGGCGCUUGGAGCCCAACUUUAGUUGAUCUCGAAGGCCAAUGUGUUUCCAAGGCGUGGGUUUUCGCUCACAUCCAACUCACACCCGAAGAAGCUGCUGAGUACAAGAACUCACCCGUAAUCUACGACGGUGAAUACGGCUUUUUCUUUGAGCCGAACGAGGACAACAUAAUCAAAGUGUGUGACGAGUUCCCCGGCUUCACUCGCUUUAUUUCGCAUAGACCGUUUGGUUCCAAUGAAUCCAAAUCAAUCUCCGUUCCUCGAUCACACGCUCAGCACCCAACCGACACCUACCCCGACGCUUCUGAAGCAACCAUUCGCAAGGCCAUCGCCAGAUUCCUGCCACGCUUCAAGGAUCGACAGCUUCUGAACCGGAGUAUGUGCUGGUGCGCUGAUACUGCUGAUGCUAAUCUGUUGAUUUGCGAGCACCCCAGGUGGAAGAAUUUCAUCCUGGCAACAGGGGACAGCGGACACAGUUUCAAGCUUCUGCCCAACAUUGGAAAGCAUGUGGUUGACCUUAUCGAAGGAACGAUUUCUCAUGAUCUAGCCUACGCUUGGAAGUGGAGGCCUGGCGGUGAUGCUCUGAAAUCACGCCGCGCUGCUCCUGCAAAGGAUCUGGCUGAUAUGCCAGGCUGGAAGCAUGACCGGACCAACCGGUUAUAA